GUGUCCGGUCCUCCUCUCCUGCGCGUGUGUAGUCGCCUUGUCCCGCACGGCACGAGCACACGGCUGUCGGUCUCGGGACGGAUCCUUCUCUGCAGCUUCUUGCACCGCAACAUGGCGACAGAGUUCCAUAACCUGCAGGAGCUGAGGCACAGUGCAUCACUGGUAACAAAGGUGUUUGUACAGAGAGAUUACAGCCAAGGAACCGUCUGUCGCUUCCAGACCAAGUUCCCCUCAGAGCUCGACAACAGGAUUGAGCGUACCUUGCUGGAGGAGACGGUGAAGACCCUGAACUCUUAUUAUGUCGAGGCCGAGAAAAUUGGAGGUCAGUCGUACCUGGAAGGAUGUCUGGCCUGCGCUACAGCGUACAUCGUCUUCCUCUGCAUGGAGACACGCUACGAGAAGGUGCUGAAGAAGAUAUCAGGCUACAUCCAGGAGCAGAAUGAGAAGAUCUACGCUCCUCGAGGUCUGCUGCUCACCGACCCCAUAGAGAGAGGAAUGAGGGUUCUGGAGAUCAGCCUCUUUGAAGACCGGGGCUCGGGCAGCUCCAGUCCCAGCAGCAGCAUGACGUCAGCCGCCAGCAGCGCCCGGUGACUGGAGGGGCAGCGCCAGGCUUACGGGUACCACCACAGGGGCAGCGGGACACUCACCAACAUCCGCAUGCUGAAACAUGAGAGCACCAGGUUCUAAGACAAGUGGAGAGAACAAAGGCAAGGAGGUGAUCCACAGCAUUCACACUCUCCCUGCUGGAGUCUGCACGACGUACCACCACGAGAUCAGGAGCUGGCUUACACAAACACACUGGAUAUGCAACAGAAUCAACACAAGUACAACAGAGCCCACACAUAGGCAGCAGACACAUGUACAAGCCAACAUCCGGAGUGUCUGCGAGGGAAUAGAUUUCACUUUCCGACUGCUAUCCAACCCAAAAUAAUCUAUUUUUUUAUUUUUUCACAUUUUUCCAUUCACCUUUUCUCUCAUUCCUUCACGUCUGUUUCCAUGAGUCACACCAUCUCUGUGGUGAAGCUGAUUCACUAGGCUUAAGCUUGAUUAGACUGGACGUCAAUGCUUGAUUGGUUUCCGGGGGGUCACUGUCACUGCGACAUAUCUGCUGACGCAUUGGUUGUGUAGGUUCAGGUCUGUGCAGCAGCUCUGAACUCUGGAAGGAGGGAAACUACCGGCCCCCGGGGAGGACCAAUGUUCUCUCCUCUCACUGAAUGAUUGCAUUCAUGUAAGGUGGUUUGGGUCAAGCUGCUUUGAAUGCUGGCAAAUUGGGCCUUCUGUGGGACGAAGCGGGUCGAUGCUCCGUUCACAUGCUUUUGGCUUCAGUAUCAAACAGCUAACAGAGAGCACCUUGGAUUAUUUAUCCUCCUCAUCCACAGCAGUGGAUACGGGUGAUCCACAUCACAGCUGCAGGUCACAGACUCACUCGCACGCACACGUGCAUACAAAUGCACAUAUGAACUCCAGUGCUCAUACAGACACAUGCUAGGGAGGGAACAUGCACGCACAUAUGCACUCCAGUGGCAAGUGGCCAUGCAUUACCACACACACACACACACAGAUUCUGGCAGAGAUAGAGUCAACCUACACAGACAGUGCUCUAUAUGGUCCAAGCUCAUUAAAAACACGAGCAGAUCUAGACCCUGUUGAGUGUGUACUAGUUUCCCUGGUAGUGCGCAUGUAAUGUGCAUGUAUCUGAUGUGCAUGUGUCUGUGUCACGAGUCACAGCUUUACCUCGCGCUGAUAAUUAAGGAGCCAGGGGAAUCGGAGAGCAAGGAUCAGUGCAGUAAAUGACAAACCCACGUUCUGAGAACACUGAGACUGUGUGGGUUGUUAUCUCUGCAGCUCUAUGGUUAAUGACAGGUGUUCAUUUAUAGGGUUGUGUAGGAAAAUCCGCCCACUCACAGUUUGGUACCUUAACGAUUAUUAUGCUGUACGGCUCUCAUGCAAGUACAUUUUUUUCAACUGUGCAAAAUGAAAACAAUGAUUAUGCGCACACCAACUUGAGGAUUAAUGAGUGAUUACAUUUUCACAUUUAAAGUGUGCCUGUUUAUUAGUGCUACCUGUCAUUUAACACUUCUUUAUUAUCAGAAAUACAGGGAUCAGCUUAUGUGUCAUUUUGUCGGUGAAACACAGUUGGAGCUCCCUCUAGGGUCUAAAUGAGGAAGUUCAGAACCUCUGACAGAAAAAUCUGGAUUGAGGCUGUAUUUCUUACUCCUUAAUGCAACUAAUAUUCAUCCAAAACUACUUUUUCCCUCUGCUGCACUGCUCUGUGCUUUUCUAAAACAUUAUCCUCAGACCACACACACACAAGGUGCUGCAGCCUGAGGAGCAGAGACUCUCCUGGUAGGAACUGGUGCAUCCUGUCCGGCUGAGUCUGUGUGCGGAGGCUGAUGAGACAAAAGAUUAUCAUAAUGGAGGAAAAUAUGCCGAAGCCAGACGACAGCACACCCACACAGUGUCUAAUGAAAAGAACUUUCACUGUUUCCCUGUAACCCCGUUGUCUGCACAUUUUUAUUUACGUUGCCAUAGUUUCUUUCUUCAUCUUUCGUGGACCUCUUUCAGUUUUCUCUCACCUCACGUCAUAUCAUGCAUCUUAAUAAACUCUGGUAGUGUGACGCUUUCUUUAGCCACAUAUAUAAAGACCAGCAAAACCCUCAGCAGAGCCUCAGCUUUACAACCGACCCCUACUUUCACCAGAGAAGUGACACGUUGAAGUUAAACUAUUCACUGGGAGGUCAUUGAGGAACUGGAUGUUUUUUACUUCAAUCCAGUGUGAUAGUUUAAUUUCAACCUAUCUUGCCACUUGCUUGAAUGAGAUGAACUGACACAGACAUUUUCCCACAGCAGCUGAGUUCUAGUUGUGCCUGUGUUCAGCCUCCUGUGCUUCACGAUGCCUUCAUGUUUCAUCCCAGUGGAACGGAUACCCAACCUGGGGCUGAUGGACUGAUUCAUUUAAUAUGGACUCCACACUGCCAAUAAGCCAAUAGAGGAGCUCAUUGGACAUUGUACAAAGAAAAACAAGAAACAAAGAGUGUAUAUGAACUGUACAGUAGAGGAGCUGUACCCUACAAGCUUGUCAAUAUGUAUCCAGUGUAAAGAAGUGGAUGGAAAUGCCAUUAGGCUGUUUAAUUCAAAAACGUUAUCGUUGGCCAGUGUGAGUUUCUGUUUUUGUUUGGGCAUUAAAUCACAGAGCAGCUAUGAAAGCAGAUCAUCUGUUCAGCCAUGAGCUGCUGCGCAGUGUCUUCUGCACAUGAAGGUGAUGUUUUAUUUUGUUUAAAGUGUUGCUAAUGUAGCUCAUGAUAUUGUUAGUAAUAAUACUGAAAUCUCUUAUCAUGAUGUGAUGAUGAUGAUGAUGAUGAUACUGAUGAUGAUGAUGAUGAUGAUGAUACUGAUGCUCAGGUGAAGGCCUGUGUAUAUAACGUGUCAUAUUCAAAGGUUGAAGCUCUCAAAGGAUAGGUUCCCAAUAUUGGUCCAGCAGUUGGUCCGCUCCUCUCCAGACUGAAAUGUGUCAACAACUAUUGGAUAAAUGGAAACUGAAUUUGAUGCUUGGUGCCCAGAACUAAUGACUUUCACUUGCUAAGAUAUCAUUGACAAUGUGAAGACGUUAACAUGUAAACAUUACCAUUUAGUUUACUAUGUAUUGACACACCCCCAUGUGAUAUUUUGCCUAUGUACCCUGAAAGAAUAGGAAAAACUACAGGAUAAAUGUCCGUAAGAACCAAUAACUCUUUCAGUGACCCUUUUAAUGAACAGAUUAAAAACAUAUCUGAACCUAUCCUUAAAGACUGAGCUGAAAAAGAAGCACUAUGUACCAUAUUACGAGGCGUUAUAUAGCUUGUUCUUUCAGGAAUUACUUCUUUGAUUAAUGAAGACAAUCGAUGGGAGUCAAGAUUAUGAGAUGGUAGCAAAUGUAUUCUCGAAAAAAGAUUUGUAUUUUUUUUUUUUAUAAAGGUACAUUAUUACUGCGCAGAUUAAACUUUGGGUCCUUGAUCCUCCAUCAUACUGACUGUCAGGAUAGGAGCAAUAAAAGCUGCAGUCCAUUUCAGUAUAUAAAUCCUCACAUGCCAUAUAUUUAUCCUGUACUGUAUUUUAGAGUGCAGCAGGUCUGUGGAGUCACCAGUGUGCCGCACACUGUUUGUAUGUUAUGCUGUUACAAGUGGUGGUAAAAUAUAAGAUGUCUUCCUAAAAGUAAAAAAGAUGGUGCGUAGAGUCUUCGUACCAUUUGAGUUCUGAACUCUUUUCCCUUGGGGGGGUGUACUGCAUUGAUGUUUAAUGCUGCAUGAUGUGUGAGUAAACUACGUGACUAACAGAAGAUAAAAAGUCAAAUCCCUGACGUCCCUCAGUCGUCAGGGAUCUCUGCUGCGAGAGAGGACUAUUACAUCUUGAUGCUAUUUAUAUGUUUACAUCAGGUUAUUUACAUAUUAAUUAACAUGGAUUCAUGUCUUCUUUUUUUUAUUAUCUCAAAGCUGAUUAUUAUUAAUAGUAAAGUAUUGAAAGAAGAGUUUCAAAGGGGAGAAUAAAGAAUAUGAUGAUCA